UUUAUAUUAUAUAGCAUUCAUACUAAAUAACAUCUUAUUUGAAACAUUAAAAUGCCAAUUUUUUUCAGUAUUAAAUUAUAUGUCUUCAUUAUUUAUAUACUUGUACAUAUUGAAAUAAUUAACAGUACCAAAAAUAAUAUUAGGUUUUUAUUUGAAAAUGAUGGUUGGAAAAAUUUAACUGAUGUGGAGUAUAUCAAUUAUUGGUCUAAAAAGUACACUUUACAAAAAACAUUAGAAACGCCUGUAACAUCAAAUACUUGUGAUACUCGGAUUCGUAGUGCAACAAUAAUUCUUGGAUGUUCUUACGCCAAUGUAUUGAAGACAAUUUUUUUUAUUAUGGACCGUUUUUUAGAGUAUUGUGAAACAUUAAUAAAUUUAGAUAACAAAAACAAAAAUGCCUUCGACUGCACUACAGAAAUAAUUAAAAUAAUACCAAAGUUAAGUGACUUGGCAACACUAAUGAAAGGUGCAUUGGUUUCUGUAGACAAAUUACAUCGCAAACCAAUGGCAAAUAGUAAAAGAAAUGAACUUAUAUUAAAUAAUGUAACUACUAGAUUGCAUAUCGAAAAAGCUUUAAACUUAUUAUCACCUAUACAAGUAAACCAAUUUAAUACUAAAAACAUAUUAGAAACCAUAAGGAAUUAUUUUAUUUAUUUAAGACUAGAUCUAGAAAAUGAUUUAAGAUUAUGUCAUUUGAAAUCUCUAAAUUUGCUCUCAUUAUGGCAACUUUUAAGUAAGAAAUAUCGAUCAUCAAAAGAAAAUGGAAGUAAUCAAGAAUUUUGGACCUUUAUGAGUUAUAAAAUCAAAAGUUUAAUCCAUUGGACUAUUAUUGAAAGAUAUAAUAAUCUAGGAUUCAAGUUUGAUUGGAACACCAAAGAAACAUUUUUACCAAACACGUCAAAGAAAUUUGAAACAGUGAAAUGGAGCUUUAAGAAUUAUUUUUCAAAUAAAAUCAAUAGUUUAUUCAAACACAGUGGUUGGAAAAAUAUGACUGACGUGAACUACAUCACAUAUUUGAGACACAAUUAUAUAUUACAAGAUAUAAUUCAAAAUACUUUAAGAUAUGAUAAACCAAUAUUUUGUAUAACGUUAAUACUUGGAUGUUCUUACGCCAAUAUUUUGAAGAAUAUUUUUUUUAUAUUAAAUUAUUUUCAAAAUCACUGUAGAUAUUAUUCAAGAGAAGAAAAUUUGAUAAAUUAUAAGUAUAAUUGCACUGUUCAACUUCUUAGAACUAUACCUUUAUUAACUUCAUUAGUAAUAUAUAUGGGAAGCGCCUUAGAUGCUUUAGAUAAAACCGAUAAACACCAAACAGAAAGUAAUGAUUUAAAAAACUUUAUUUCAUCAAAAUUAGUUAAUGUGCUACAAGAUAAAAAUGUUUUAAAAUUAUUACCACUUUUGCAAAUAAAUUUAUCAAAUUAUGAAGAAGCAUUAUUGAAAGUAUUAAGUUUAAUUGUUGAAUGGAAUGAAGAACUAAAUAAUGGCAUGAGUAUUUGUAACAUUAAUUCUGAAAGUUUGACAUCAUUAUGGCAUAAUUUGAAUAACGAAUAUCACAAUAUGCAACUAAGUGGUAGUAAUAUCGAGUUUUAUAAUUUUCUCAGAUUUAAAAUAAUGACUAUUUGUCAGUGGGCUAUUCAAGAGAAAUAUGUUAAUUUAGGAUUUAAAUUCAAUACAGAUACUAAGGAAACUCUUAUACCAGAUUUACUAGAAUCAUCAGAACAAGAGCAUUUUGAAGAUCCUAUAAUCGCUUCUACUCAAAUGCUGAAUGGUGAUAAUAUUGAAGAGCAUUUUGAAGAUCCUAUAAUCGCUUCUACUCAAAUGCUGAAUGGUGAUAAUAUUGAAGUGAAAUGGAGCUUUAAGAAUUAUUUUUCAAAUAAAAUCAAUAGUUUAUUCAAACACAGUGGUUGGAAAAAUAUGACUGACGUGAACUACAUCACAUAUUUGAGACACAAUUAUAUAUUACAAGAUAUAAUUCAAAAUACUUUAAGAUAUGAUAAACCAAUAUUUUGUAUAACGUUAAUACUUGGAUGUUCUUACGCCAAUAUUUUGAAGAAUAUUUUUUUUAUAUUAAAUUAUUUUCAAAAUCACUGUAGAUAUUAUUCAAGAGAAGAAAAUUUGAUAAAUUAUAAGUAUAAUUGCACUGUUCAACUUCUUAGAACUAUACCUUUAUUAACUUCAUUAGUAAUAUAUAUGGGAAGCGCCUUAGAUGCUUUAGAUAAAACCGAUAAACACCAAACAGAAAGUAAUGAUUUAAAAAACUUUAUUUCAUCAAAAUUAGUUAAUGUGCUACAAGAUAAAAAUGUUUUAAAAUUAUUACCACUUUUGCAAAUAAAUUUAUCAAAUUAUGAAGAAGCAUUAUUGAAAGUAUUAAGUUUAAUUGUUGAAUGGAAUGAAGAACUAAAUAAUGGCAUGAGUAUUUGUAACAUUAAUUCUGAAAGUUUGACAUCAUUAUGGCAUAAUUUGAAUAACGAAUAUCACAAUAUGCAACUAAGUGGUAGUAAUAUCGAGUUUUAUAAUUUUCUCAGAUUUAAAAUAAUGACUAUUUGUCAGUGGGCUAUUCAAGAGAAAUAUGUUAAUUUAGGAUUUAAAUUCAAUACAGAUACUAAGGAAACUCUUAUACCAGAUUUACUAGAAUCAUCAGAACAAGAGCAUUUUGAAGAUCCUAUAAUCGCUUCUACUCAAAUGCUGAAUGGUGAUAAUAUUGAAGAGCAUUUUGAAGAUCCUAUAAUGGCUUCUACUCAUAUGCUGAAUGAUGAAAAUAUUGAAGAAAACUUAAAUUUUGAAGAUACUAGAAACAACCAUGAAACACAGGAUAAAACAUCAUUGUUAAUUGAUAUUCCCGAAUAUUUGAGGCCAUUUAAUAAAUAUCUUUAAAAUAA